AUGAAUGUGUCCGGCACAGAAACCACCAACUCCGUUAGCCACUUUAUCCUCGUGGGCUUUCCCUCAAGCCCAGAAAUGCAGCUCCUCUACUUCGGGCUCUUCUCAGUAGUCUACACGCUGACUCUCAUGGGGAACACAGCCAUUGUCUGUGCAGUGCGGUGGGAACGGCGUCUUCACACGCCCAUGUACAUCCUCUUGGGGAAUUUCUCUCUCCUGGAAAUAUGUUAUGUCACCACAACCGUCCCUAACAUGUUGGCCAAUUUCCUGUCCUCAAGCAAGUCCAUUUCCUUUGUGAGCUGUUUUGCACAGUUCUACUUCUUCUUCUCUCUGGGGUGUGAUGAGGGCUUCUUCCUCUGCAUCAUGGCCUUUGACAGGUACCUUGCCAUCUGCCGUCCUCUGCAUUACCCACGCAUUAUGACGAAACAGCUGUACACUGGUCUUGCCAUCUUUGGCUGGUCGUGGGGGUUCAUCCUCUUCCUAACCCCAGUUGUUCUCAUUUCACAGUUACCCUACUGUGGCCCAAAUACCAUCAACCAUUUCUUGUGUGAUCCUGUCCCAUUGAUGAUGCUGUCCUGUUCUGAAGACACCACAACACAGUUCAUUUACUCAACUUUCAAUGCUAUUUUUAUGAUUGGAACCUUUCUCUUUGUUCUUUGUUCCUAUGCUCUGGUGAUUGUGGCUGUGCUAAGGAUGCCCUCAGCAGCAGGCAAACGCAAGGCUUUCUCCACUUGUGCUUCUCAUGUGGCAGUGGUGAUCCUGUUUUUUGGCUCUGUUAUGGUGAUGUAUGUUAGUCCUGGAUCAGGACGCCCAGUGAAAAUGCAGAAAAUUGUGACCUUACUUUAUUCUGUGAUAACACCCCUCUGUAAUCCUCUAAUCUAUAGCCUUAGGAACAAGGAAAUGAAGACUGCUCUGAGGAAAAUCUUUGGCACUGUGCAUGGUAUUCAUAAAAUGUAA